AUGUCACCCUCUAUGGAUAAUUUUCAUGAGAUUCCCAUAAUUGACCUCUCCUUAGCAGAUGAUCCCGCGUCGCUUCCAGCAUUUCUCGACGCUCUUCGUUUCGCAGUUACACAGGUGGGGUUUCUCUACGUUGCAAAUCACAGAGUGCCACCGCAGGUGAUUCGGAACCUCGUGGAAAUCCUACCGAAGCUAUUCGAAUUGUCCGAAAGUGCGAAGAAUAGAAUCUCGCUGGAGAAUUCCAAGCACUUUCUCGGCUAUAGUUCCGUGGGAAGUGAAACUACGGCGGCAAAGGCCGACCAAAGAGAACAGGUGGACUUUGCAACCGAAUUGACGACUUGGCCUUCAGAACUCCCAGAAUUGCGGCCCAUCGUUGAGGCAUACAUUACUGAGCUGACUCUUCUCGGCGAGCGAUUCCUUUCUCUGGUCGCGCAGGCACUGGACUUACCCAAGGAAGCAUUUCAUCCCUUUCUCUCGGAUCAGAAUCGCCUCAAGGUAGCGCAUUACCCAGCCGUCACUCCUGGUUCUGGUGUCACUCAAGGCGUUGGCCCACAUACAGACUCUUCCGGUUGGUGGACUUUUUUACUCCAGGCAUCAGAGAAGCAUGUGAGAGGCCUUCAAGUGCUCAACAAUGCUGGUGAUUGGAUUGAUGUUCCUGUAAUUCCGGACACGUUUGUGGUGAAUGUCGGCCAAGCGUUUGAAGUGUUGACCUUGGGUACUUGCAAAGCCACCAUACACCGAGUUCUCUCAACCUGCGACGAGCGUUUCAGCAUUCCUUUCUUCCAAGGAGUCCGGAGGAAUCUGACCAAGCGAGAGGCCACCGAGUCUUUCCGAGGGCAUUUCUCUACUUUUUCGCUGAACCAAGGCCAUAAGUCAACUAUUGGACGCGCCAUUGACUCUCCUUUUCUUCAAGGCAAAUACGAUACGUGGGGGGAGAGUCAACUAAGGACCAAAAUUCGAAGUCAUCGACUUAAUGGACAAAAGUUCUACCCGCAAGUGUACAAUAAGUAUAUCGAGGAUGAUGCUUAG